AUGGGCGACGAUAAAGAACUGACAGAGUCAUUGCGAUAUCUUCGCAUGACACCAGAAGAAAAACUUAAAUAUCAAUCACAACCGUUUGAUGCUAAAAAGCGUUGUUGGGUUCCCGAUGCCAAAGAAUGUUUUGUUGAAGGUGACAUUGAAAGUACCAAAGGUGAAGAAGUCACAGUAACAAAAGACAAGGGUGAAAAAGUCACAGUAAAAAAAGAUGAUAUCCAACAGAUGAAUCCACCAAAAUUUGAAAUGUGUGAUGAUAUGGCAAAUUUAACCUAUUUAAAUGAUGCCAGUGUACUUCAUAAUCUUCGUCAACGUUACAAAAAUUGGCUCAUUUACACCUAUUCGGGAUUAUUUUGUGUUGUCAUUAAUCCUUAUAAACGUUUGCCAAUUUACACAAUGAAAGUUGUGAUGAUGUAUCGUGGUAAAAAACAAAAUGAAGUGCCUCCUCAUUUGUAUGCCGUAUCUGAUAAUGCCUACGCUAAUAUGUUGAGAGAUCGUGAAAAUCAAUCGAUGUUGAUUACUGGUGAAUCGGGAGCUGGAAAAACAGAAAAUACCAAGAAAGUUAUUCAAUAUUUUGCUCUAGUUGCAGCAGCAUCCGAGAAAAAAGAAGAUUCAGUACAUCCUGUAUUAGAAGCUUAUGGUAAUGCAAAAACAACAAGAAACAAUAACAGUUCUCGAUUUGGUAAAUUUAUUCGUAUCCAUUUUGGUAAUGCUGGAAAAAUUGCCGGCGCUGAUAUUGAAGUAUAUUUACUUGAAAAAUCUCGUGUAAUUUUUCAACAGCCACUCGAGAGAAAUUAUCACAUUUUCUAUCAGUUAUGUUCAAGUGCUGCCGAGAAAUAUCAUAAGGACUUAUUGAUUGGCACUGAUCCUGGUAAAUAUCAUUAUGUUGCCCAGGGUAAAUUGACAAUCGAUGGAGUUGAUGAUGCUGAAGAAUGGAAAUUAACAGAGGAAGCAUUUGAUAUUCUGGGAUUUAGUCAAGACGAAAAAUUUAAUUUAUUUAAAUGUACGGCAGCUAUCAUGCAUUUUGGUAAUACAACAUGGAAACAACGACCACGUGAAGAACAAGCUGAAGCUGAUGGCACAGAAGAUUGUGAUAAAGUGGCACAUUUAUUAAAUGUUGAAGGAGCUGAUCUCAUCAAAGGCCUCUUAAAACCACGUAUCAAAGUUGGAACAGAAUACGUCAACAAAGGUCAAAGUAAAGAUCAAGUGGUAAAUUCGAUUGGUGCUCUUUCAAAAUCAAUAUAUUCACGUAUGUUCAGUUGGCUCGUUGAACGUGUCAAUGUUACAUUGGAUGUUAAAUCAAAAAAGCAAUAUUUCAUUGGUGUUUUGGAUAUUGCUGGGUUCGAAAUUUUUGAAUUCAAUGGUUUCGAACAAUUAUGUAUUAAUUACACUAACGAACGUCUUCAGCAAUUCUUUAAUCAUCAUAUGUUCGUGUUAGAACAAGAAGAAUACAAAAAAGAAGGCAUUCAAUGGACAUUUAUUGAUUUUGGUAUGGAUUUACAAGCAUGCAUUGACUUAAUUGAAAAGCCUAUGGGUAUAUUAUCAAUUCUGGAAGAAGAAUGUAUCGUACCUAAGGCCAGUGAUAAAACAUUUGUAGAAAAGUUGUAUACAAAUCAUUUGGGUAAACAUCCACAAUUUGGUAAACCAAAACCAGCUAAGGGCAAAGCUGAAGCUAAUUUUGAAGUACAUCACUACGCUGGUUCCGUACCGUAUACAGCAACUAGUUGGUUAGAAAAAAAUAAAGAUCCAAUUAAUACAACAGUUGCUACUCUCUUUUCAAAAUCAAAAAAUCCAAUGUUAAGUCAUUUGUAUGCUGAUGUGGCAGCAGCAGAAGAAGAAGGUGGAAAAGGUGGUGGUGGAAAAUCAAAGAAAGGUGGUAGUAUGCAGACUAUUUCGGCCACUCAUAGAGAACAACUGAAUAAAUUGAUGACCACAUUAAAACAGACACAUCCACACUUUGUCCGUUGUAUUAUUCCAAAUGAAAUUAAAACAGGAGGUGUACUCGACGCACAUUUGGUUAUUCAUCAACUUCAUUGUAACGGUGUACUCGAAGGUAUUCGUAUCUGUCGUCUUGGCUUACCAAAUCGUAUGAUUUACCAAGAAUUUAAACAACGUUAUAGUAUUCUUGCACCUAACGCGAUUCCUAAAGGUUUUGUUGAUGCCAAGAAAGCCACUGAAGAUAUUCUUAAAGAGAUACAAUUAUCUGAAGAACAAUAUCGUCUUGGUAUUACUAAAGUUUUCUUCAAAGCCGGUGUUUUGGGUUCAUUGGAAGAUAUGCGUGAUACAGCAUUAAGUGUUAUCAUUUCCAAAUUACAAUCACAAAUGCGUGGUUUUGUUAUGCGUAAAGAAUAUAAAAGAAUGUUGGAACAACGUCUUGCAUUACAAGUUGUACAACGAAAUAUCAAAAAAUAUUUGGCUUUUCGAAAUUGGGGUUGGUGGAAAUUGUUCACAAAAAUCAAACCACUUUUAUCCGUGGCAAGACAAGAAGAAGAACUCAAGAAGAUGGAAGAAGAAUUUGCUGCUUUGAAAGAAAAUUUGGCUAAGGAAGAGAAACUUCGAAAAGAAAUGGAAGAUGCAAAUUCAAAAUUGGUCAAAGAGAAAAAUGAUCUGUAUCAACAAAUAGAAUCAGAGCGAACGGCGACAGCGGGUGUAGAAGAAAAAUUAACACGUUUAGUAACACAAAAAGCCGAUUUGGAACAACAAGUGAAAGAUAUGGAAGAACGAUUUCAUGAGGAAGAGGAAGUGGGUGCAGAAUUAAAUAAUAAGCGUAAAAAAUUAGAACACGACAUUGACGGUUUAAAGAAAGAUAUUGAUGACAUGAGAUUAAAUUUACAGAAAUCAGAAAAUGAAUUAAAACAACGAGAAAAUAGAAUUAACAUUUUACAAGAUGAAAUGUCACAACAAGAUGAAUCAUUAGCAAAAAUGACACGUGAGAAGAAACGAUUGGAAGAACAAAAUGCAAAAACCACCGAACAACUUCAAGCCGAAGAGGAUAAAGUAAAUCAUUUGAACAAAUUGAAAACAAAAUUAGAACAAACGUUAGAUGAAUUAGAAGAUUCAUUAGAACGUGAGAAAAAAAGUCGUGCAGAUUUAGAUAAAUCAAAACGAAAAUUAGAAACAGAUCUAAAAGCGACACAAGCCGGUUUGGAAGAUAUGGAACGAGCCAGACGAGAAUUGGAGGAAAGUAUUAAACGAAAAGAUCAAGAAAUUGGACAGAUGGGAGGCAGAUUAGAAGAUGAACAAGGACAAGCAUCGGGUUUACAAAAGAAAAUCAAAGAACUGCAAGCAAGAAUUCAAGAACUUGAAGAAGAAUUAGAAACUGAGAGACAAUCGAAGACAAAGACAGAGAAACAACGAGCUGAUUUGGCACGAGAAAUUGACGAAAUGAAUGAUCGUUUAGAGGAAGCUGGAGGAGCAACAUCGUCACAAGUUGAAAUGAACAAAAAACGAGAAGGUGAAUUAGCUAAAUUGAGACGAGAUUUGGAAGAAGCUAAUCUUCAACAUGAAGCAACAGCAGCUCAAUUAAGAAAGAAACAUCAAGAUGCAGUCAAUGAAAUGGGAGAACAAAUUGAUCAAUUACAAAAAUUGAAAAAUAAAUUAGAAAAAGAGAAACAACAAGUCAAAUCUGAAUUAGAUGAUUUACGUACUCAAGUUGAUCAUAUUACUAAAGGAAAAUUGGCAGCAGAAAAAUUAUCAAAACAAUUAGAACAACAAUUAAAUGAAAUGCAAGUCAAAUUAGAUGAUCAUGUUAAACAAAUUAACGAUUUCAAUCAAGUAAAAUCAAAAUUAUUAUCAGAAAAUUCAGAUUUAUCAAAACAAUUAGAAGAACUUGAACAUCAAGUCAGUGCAUUAACAAAAGUCAAAACAACUUUACAAACACAAGCUGAUGAAGCUAAACGUGCACUUGAAGAAGAAUUACGAUCAAAAAAUUCUAUUAACUCACAAUUACGUAAUUUAACAGCCGAUUUGGAUCAAGCUCGAGAACAAUUAGAUGAAGAACAAGAGGGCAAAGCUGAAUUACAACGACAAGUAACGAAAUUGAGUUCAGAAAAUCAACAAUGGCGUGCAAGAUUCGAAUCCGAAGGAAUGGCACGUGCUGAAGAACUUGAAGAAGCAAAACGAAAAUUAGCAGCCAAAUUAACUGAAGCUGAAGAACAAGUCGAAGGAGCAAUCAGCAAAUGUAAUGCAUUAGAAAAAGUAAAAGCUCGUUUACAAGGCGAAGUUGAAGACUUGAUGGUGGAUGUCGAAAGAGCCAAUGCCAAUGCAUCCGCUAUGGACAAAAAACAGAAACAAUUCGAUAAAUUGAUCAACGAAUGGAAACAAAAAUGUCAAGAUAUUACCAUCGAAUUAGAAGCAUCACAGAAAGAAGCUCGCCAAUAUUCCACCGAAUUAUUCAAAUUGAAAACUCAAUAUGAAGAAUCACAUGAACAAAUUGAUGCCUUACGAAAGGAAAAUAAAAAUUUGGCAGAUGAAAUCAAAGAUCUCAUUGAUCAAUUAGGAGAAGGUGGAAAAUCAGUACACGAACUCGAUAAACAACGAAAACGUUUGGAAAUGGAAAAGGAAGAAUUACAAGCUGCUCUUGAAGAAGCCGAAUCUGCGUUGGAACAAGAAGAAGCGAAGAUCUUACGUGUACAAAUGGAAUUGUCAACGGUAAGACAAGACAUUGAUCGACGUCUUCAUGAGAAAGAAGAAGAAUUCGAAAACACAAGACGUAAUCAUCAACGUGCUCUCGAUUCAAUGCAAGCGAGUCUCGAAGCCGAGACACGAUCAAAAGCUGAAGCUUUGAAACAAAAGAAAAAAUUGGAAUCUGAUAUAAAUGAAUUAGAAAUUGCUUUGGAUCAUUCAAAUCGAACAAAUGCUGAUUUACAAAAAGCAGUAAAAAAACUUCAACAGACAUUGUCCGAAUUGCAAGCACAGGUUGAAGAAGAACAACGACAACGUGAUGAAGCAAGAGAAGCAGCGCAAUCUGCUGAACGUCGGGCCAAUUUAAUUGCUGGUGAACUCGAAGAAUUGCGCACGGCAUUGGAACAAGCUGAACGCGCUCGAAAACUAGCCGAAAAUGAAUUACACGAAGCAGCUGAUCGUAUUUCGGAAUUGAGUACUCACAAUGCAAACUUAUCAUCACAACGACGUCAACUAGAAUCAACAGUAGCUGCCAUGCAAGCCGAUUUAGACGAGGCUGUGGCUGAACUGAAAAAUAGUGAAGAACGAUCGAAGAAAGCUGGUAAUGAUGCUGCUCGCUUGGCCGAAGAACUCAGAGGAGAGCAGGAACAUACCAUGCAUGUUGAACGUUUAAGAAAAGGUCUUGAACAACAGAUCAAAGAUCUUCAGACACGUCUGGAUGAAGCAGAAGCUGACGCAAUGAAAGGCGGCAAACGUAUUAUUGCCAAACUCGAACAACGCAUUCAUGAACUUGAAGGUGAACUUGAAUUGGAACAACAUCGUCAACAAGAAGCACUCAAAGAAUUACGUAAAACUGAUCAUCGUCUCAAAGAAUUAACAUUCCAAACGGAAGAAGAACGUAAACAACAUCAUCAUUUGAACGAUUUGAAUGAGAAAUUACAAAAUAAGAUUAAAGUUUAUAAACGACAGGUCGAAGAAGCGGAAGAAAUUGCUGCGCUAAAUCUUGCCAAAUACCGUAAAGUUCAAACAGAAUUAGAGGAUGCAGCUGAACGAGCAGACACAGCGGAAAAUCAAUUAUCGAAAUUACGAAGCAAAAAUCGAUCAACAGUUUCUGUACAAAGAUCAUCAACACCACCGCGUGAACAUACACGUCAGCCAAGCAUGGGAGGUCGUGCAUCCUCUGUCAUUGGACGUCGUUAA